AUGUCUCUUACAGUUGACGAUUCUGAACAAGAAAAAAAUAUUGCAAAGACGUUAGAUCAAUUUGAUAAGCAGGAACUUGAUAAUUUUUUAAGCUCAUUCAUUAGUUGGCUUUUGAAAAAAGAUAGAACCUUAUUUAAAGUAGAAUCAGUUCACAAUUGUUAUGCUGCACUGGCUAGGUACCUUCGUGAAAACUCUUCUAUUGAAGCUAGUUAUGGUGAUACUUCAAAGAGUGAUUCACUUACUUCAGAUGAGAUUAUGUCUUGUCUAAAUCAUAAUUACUUAUCAGUUGAAAAUAAUGAGAAUCUUGAAAGACAAAAUGAUAGUGGCUUUCAAUUAAGAUUCAGAAAAGAAAAAAACAACCAAGAUAGAGUACUUUAUCGACAACGAUAUGACCUUCUUCUCUACUUGUCAAAAUGUCCUACUAAUUGUGAAUCUAUGAGUGCUUUAUUUUUACAAUGCAUAAGAAAACAAAUAGAUGACCAGCGCUUAUACUCAACAACAUUACUUAUUCUAUAUAUGGCUUAUAAUAAGGAUCUUGAGUCAUACUAUUCUUUCCCAGGUGAUUCUUAUAUUGAUUACGAUUCUGAUGAAAAUGAUGAAACAG